UUAAGUGCAGCUGGCCCUGAAACCUGACCGAUAUUUGUCCCUCAACUGCUCUUGAUAGAACUGGCCAUCAAAGGCCAAUCACUGGGCUGUGUGGGAUCGCCCGGGGCAGCAAAUGGAAGCCACGCGUCUCUACAAUGGCGACAACUCGCCAGCUCCUCAUUGGCCGGGAGACGGGUUUUACCUGAAAAUGGUGAAAGUGCCCCAGGAGUCCCUGCCAAACCAGUGACAGGUCCCGGCAUCCACAGCCUGGAUGAGUAUUGGGAAUCACAGUGGGUCAGGGGAUCACAGUUUAACCAGCGGCAACGGUGAAACUCAGACAGACACAAAAAGCUGGAGUAACUCAGUCGUCCACGAAGCAUUUCGGGACUGACAUUGCCGGUCCAGACAGCUUUUUCCGACCUGAUCCGCGGACCCGCUGAUCUACUCCAGCAUUUUGUGUCUACCGUGCAGCCAAGUGCCAGGUCCGGGUCAGUACACACGCGGACGGACCCUGGCUCUUCCCAGUGGUCUGAAUGGCUCAUUUCCAGGAUGUUUUUGUAUUGAGUCAACGCCACUGCCCCGCCACUCCAUCGGGUCUCUCCACUCCCCGACGGGACACUGACCACUGUCUUUGUCACCAACAGUUACGGGCACGUGCGUUGACACAAACGACGGAACGACUCAUGAAUUCGGAGAAGGUUGGAUGAACAGCAACUGCUUGGAGUGCAUGUGUGCGAGCGAAGGCUAUGAAUGCUGCGAACGAAACUCCUACUGUGUAUCGCUCUGCUGCUUCUCGCUGCUCCGCUGUCGGAAUCCUCCUGCACCUUUCAGCGACAGGACACAAGCGGUAAGGACGUAUGCGUUGACGUUAACGACGGAACGUUUCAUGAAUUGGAAGAAGUUUGGAUGGGCAGCAACUGCUGGGAGUGCGUGUGUUCGCGCAAAGGUUACACAUGCUGCGAUCGGUAUUUCAUGCCAAAUGAUUUCCCGGACGACUGUAUGAUAACUUUCGAUAUUCAGGAAUGUUCGUUUCACGUCAAACAAAAGGCCCACCCGACUGUCGACUGUCAAACGCGAGUAGCUGUUGGCAAAUGAGCUGGAAUAAACAGGCAGCUCCCUUCCAAUGUGGUGACAUACAUCAAUGAGCCUUGACUCUUGCACAUAAUGUAAUGAUUCUUGCGUGACAAUAAACAAAUGCCAAACCUA